AUGGUGGUAGAAGAUCGGAUGAGCUAUAUUUGGCCUGUCUCUGCGCGGAUAUCAUACCCAAGCCGUGUUGGUUGGAGCUCGGAUGAGUUUUAUUUUGCCUGUCUCUUUGGAUAUCACCCAUGCGAUGUUGAUAGGAUCUCGGAUGAGCUUUAUUUGUCCUGUCUCUGCGCGGAUAUCAUACCCAAGCCAUGUGCCUGCGCCAAUUGCCCCGAUGGUUUUCUCAGUUUUGGUAGUUCCUGUUACCAUUUCAGCCAUGAUACGGAAACGUGGCUAGAUGCCGUGGUGGCCUGUGAUAGGCUGUACAAGGGUCAUCUGGCGGAGAUAGACGACAUCGGGGAGAACCAGUUCUUGCUGCGUGAGGCAGAGCAAAUCCGAACCGAGUACUGGAUAGGCGGGUCAGACCUUCAAGUAACGGGCGUUUGGCGUUGGUAUACGACACAAGAUCCUAUUGGGACGGAGUUCAACUCGUGGUAUCCUGGUAACCCAAGCGGAAAUGGUGAAGACUGUAUGGAAAUUGUGCUCAAUCCUCAAAACCAGGCUUUCUGGAACGACCAGACUUGUCACGAUAUGCAGCAUUAUAUCUGCGAGAUACAUUCAGAUAUGGUGUCUGAACCGAUUGGCUGAGAGAUUACUGUUUGGUCCAGUGUAACAACUUCUGCAUCAAUAAAGAAAUUGAAAAGGCG